GUCUGUUUUCCUCGUAUCUCACCUCCAAACAGGCAGGACGACAGUUCAUUCUGUGCAUUGGUUUCAUUGAACAACGGCAUGUCUCUUUGUCUUGGUGGGUGGAGGCGGGACCGGUAGCAUACACACAGUGUGCAGAAGGCCUUCGGUUCUGUGAAAGCUGGAAAAAAGUACUUCAAAGUUGAAAAAUGCACUAUGGGGAGUACCUUUUUGCACAUACUGAAAGAAAGACAUUUGACCGUACUGCUAUGAAUGUGGCUACACUGUCCGAUGGAAAUUCUUCAUUUGAGGUACGUAUAAAGAAAAAUACAGUGCAGCAUCAUAUUAGUAAGGAAGGUGGGAAGAUGUAUUUGUAGUAUCGUACAAUGGUUAAAUACUAAAGACGAGAAUAGGAAUGAAGGUAAGUCGUAAUGAACAAAUGAUGGGUGAAAUUGAGCUCAUUUCGAAGUAAAAUGAACCUCAUUUACCACCCCUGGGGGGGUCUUUCGGUGCACUCUUUUGGACCAUCUCCUUUUUUUUAACUGAAGUUAAUUAGUUAAAUUAUCCUUGUGCAUUCCAUUCGAAUUUACCGCUUAAUUGAGCGUCUGAUUUUUGCAGAUUCAAUUACAAACCACAUUUCCAGUGAGUAUUUAAAAGGAAAAAGUGUUGGACUUUUGCCAUAUUAUAGUAAAUACAUGACCAUGAAUGCAACUUCAAGGAAAAUUGGCCAUCUGCAAUCCUUAUGUGAGACGCGAACACAUACAGUAUGUCUUUCAAUGUUCUGUUCAUUGUAAAGAUAUACAAACAGAUAAAAGACGGAGCAAAGAAUGCAUAUAAUAGGAUCUAUAAUAUAAUAUAAUAGAUUCCCACAGGAAAUCAAUCUCCUCCAUCCAACCCUGUCUCUCACACCAACGACCCUCAUGUCCUCCUACCUGGCAUCCUUCUCUCCUCUGGACAUGUCCCAACCAGCUCAAUCUGGCCUACAGGACUUUAUCUCCAAGGCUUCUUUUUAGCAAAAAAUUUCAGUUAGCAUACACACAGAAUAGCUUUUUCUGGGGUUUAUGUCAAACAUUUAUGCCAAAAUUUUGUCCCAACCAUCUCAGUCUGGCCGAUAACUGACUUUAUCUCCAAGGACUCUAACAUGUAAUGUUUCUCUGAUGUACUCCUUCCUGAUCCUGUCCAUCCUGGUCACUCCCAUUGAGAACCUCAGCAUCCAAUAAUAGAAAACAAGCUAAUUUUAAUUUUUUUGUUAUUAAUUUUUGGGAAAUGCAUUCGCAAAGACAGAAAAAAUGCUAAAAAUUUCAGUUAGCAUACACACAGAAUAGCUUUUUCUGGGGUUUAUGUCAAACAUUUAUGCCAAAAUUUUGUCCCAACCAUCUCAAUCCGGCCGAUAACUGACUUUAUCUCCAAGGUCUCGAACAUGUAAUGUCCCUCUGAUGUACUCCUUCCUGAUCCUAUCCAUCCUGGUCACUCCCAAUGAGAACCUCAACAUCCUCAUCUCUUGCUCCCUUCAGUUCUGCUUCCUGUCUUUGUUUUUAUGCAGCAAUGUGAAAUCACUGCGCCCAGGAAGGAAGUACCAGUAACGCUUAAAAGUACCAAAAUACUACUAAACACAAGUAUGACAUGUUAUCAUGAAUGUACCUGAACCUUGCAUGAAUUACUACCUACCUACCUACCUACCGACCACAAGGUUUAUUUCUGGAUUAGUAAUGAAUUGGAGCGUGGAGGUGGGAAAUUAGCGCCGCAGAGGAAGAGUUGAACAGGAAGUGGCACCCAAACAAAGCAUCACCCUUGGAGGAGAGCGGUGAGACGGCAGCAGUCUUGCCCGAGUAUCCUCCAGCAUCACCAUCUACACAGCAUCACCAGGACCAGGACCAGGACCAGGAACGCGUCUCCAGUCCCCGAGCACCAUGGUGGCGCCUGGUAGCUCCCUCACGGCCGCCUGCCUCUGCCUGCUGCUGGGCUCCUUCUCCCUGCAGUCGGAUGCUGACAGAGUCGGGCAGGAGGCAGAGCAUCAAGAGGAGAGGGGGGGAAGAGAGGCGGCAGCCAAAGGCGCCAAUUUGAUGGACCAGCGGUGGCUGUCGACCGUCUCGCAGUACAGCAGCAGCAAGAGCAAGCACUGGAAUCGCUUCAGAGACGAGGUUGAGGACGACUACAUCAAAAACACGGAGGAAAGCGCUGCUUCUGAUGAAAACGCGGACUCCACCAAGGACCUGUGUCAGAACGUCAAGUGCAGUCGCCAGAAGGUGUGCGUGGCUCAGGGCCCCCAGAGGGCCGUGUGUGUCAGUCGCAAGAAAUUGGAGCACAGAGCCCAGCAGCGAGAGCAGCUGGGGGGCGGCGACACCACCUGCCCCCCUUGUCCUCCCGCCGCCUCCGGCCCCGUGUGCGGCUCAGACGGCCACAACUACGCCUCAAAGUGCAAGCUGCAGCAUCAGGCCUGCCUCACGGGGAAAGCCUUGACGGUCAUGUGCACCGGAUUCUGCCCCUGCGUCGCCGCCCACGUUACCUCCGCCAAGGAAGACGCCAAACACGAGAGCUGCACUGGUCAGGACCUGGCCGACUUGGGGGACCGUCUUCGAGAUUGGUUCCAGCUCCUGCACGGAAACGCAAAGCAGAAUAACUCCAGCAAACUGGGCGCUCGCACCACCUCAGCGUUGGAUAAGAGCCUGCUGGCCAGCUGCAAGGACUCCAUCGGCUGGAUGUUCCUCAAGCUGGACGCCGACGCCAACCUCCGACUGGAUCAAAGCGAGCUGGCGGCCAUCAACCUGGACAAGUACGAAGUGUGCAUACGCGCCUUCUUCAACUCCUGCGACAGCUACAAGGACGGCGAGGUCUCCAUGGCCGAGUGGUGCCUCUGCUUCUGGAGGGAAAAACCUCCAUGCCUCGCUGAGCUGGAAAGGAUCCAAAUGCAGGAUAUGUCGAAAAAGAAGCAUGGGAUGCACGUCCCCAGCUGCGACGAGGACGGCUACUACAGGGAGCUGCAGUGCGACCAAAUUGCAGGGGAGUGCUGGUGCGUGGACAGUCAGGGCGGCGAGGUGAUGGCCACCAGGAUCCGUGGCAAGCCGGACUGCGAUCAAGUGUUGGGAUACUCUGGUGACUUUGGGAGCGGAGUGGGCUGGGAGGACGACGACGAGGAGGAGGAAGAAGAAGACGAGGCAGGGGACCACGGUGCCGAGGCAGAGGAAGAAGAGGAAGUUGACGACGGAGGGUAUAUCUGGUAGAGAUCCCAAACUCAGAUCCCAGUUGGAGCCUCUGACCUCGUUCAGGGAUCGGGCUCCCAAAGGCGGCGUUCCGAUGAGGUGACUGGAAGUUUUUCUCUUUUGUUGUAAAAGCUCUAAAUCGCUACACCGUCGCGGAAACACAAGUUGCAGUGGCCAUUUUUGCUUCAUAAUUAAACUUGGUGCUUUGAAAACGAAAUAGGUUGAAUAUCGUUUGACUUACGGAGUCCAAUCGUAGUGGUUCUUUAGCUUGGGAAGAUAAUCGUGUAUUUCAGCUACAGUGUGCGUCGUACUUCAGGUUCAGACUAUGUUGUCCUUCUAAAGCAGGGGUGGGCAAACUUUUUGACUCAUGGGCCGCAUUGAGUUAACAAAAUUGUGCGGGGGGCCAGAACAUAUAUUUAACACACAUGAUUUUAUGCUUAUAAUUUUAAUAUUUUUUAAAUAUUUUUUAAAUAUUUUUUAAAUAUUUUUUAAAUAUUUUUUAAAUAUUUUUUAAAUAUUUUUUAAAUAUUUUUUAAAUAUUUUUUAAAUAUUUUUUAAAUAUUUUUUAAAUAUUUUUUAAAUAUUUUUUAAAUAUUUUUUAAAUAUUUUUUAAUAUUUUUUUUAUAAUUUUUUUUAUAAUUUUACGCCUUGAAUUAUUUGUCUAAUUUUAAUUGUCAUACUAUCAGCUAUAUGUUC